CCCAAGUUAAAUUGUGGAAGUCAGUCGCUUGUGUUCUGAGCUUCAAGAGGUGACGGCUCUUCACAACCAUUCAAAUCCCAUUUGGCUUCGUCUUCUUCAGUUCUGUGCUACCACCACCAUCCAUGGCGUCCAGAAUUGCUGAUUCUCUCUUCGCCUUCACGGGCCCACAUCACUGUCUUCCUAGGGCUCCUAAGUUUGCUUCUUCUGCUCGUCUUUCUCCUGGUGCGUAUGCUGUGAGACCGAUUGAUAUUCUGUUAAAAGGAACUAGAAGAACAUUCCCUCUUCCUGCAAAGACAAGAACUGGAUGUAUAAAAGCUGUCUCCGUUCCUGUCGCACCUCCUCCAUCUGCUGAUAUUGCAGAAGACAGGGAACAUUUAGCAGAGAGCUACGGAUUCAAACAGAUUGGACAGGAUCUUCCUGAUAACGUCACCUUGAAAGAUAUCAUGGACACUCUUCCCAAAGAGGUGUUUGAGAUUGAUGAUGUGAAAGCUUGGAAGUCUGUGUUGAUAUCUGUGACUUCCUACGCUUUGGGGCUCUUCAUGAUUGCGAAAGCUCCUUGGUAUCUGCUUCCUUUGGCUUGGGCAUGGACUGGAACUGCUGUUACGGGGUUCUUUGUGAUAGGUCAUGAUUGUGCUCAUAAAUCUUUUUCAAAGAACAAAUUGGUUGAAGAUAUUGUGGGUACUCUAGCCUUCCUACCUCUUGUGUACCCGUAUGAGCCGUGGCGGUUUAAGCAUGACCGUCAUCACGCCAAAACCAACAUGUUAGUUCAUGACACAGCUUGGCAACCAGUUCCACCAGAGGAGUUUGAUUCAUCACCUGUUCUGAGAAAGGCAAUCAUUUUUGGAUAUGGCCCUAUUAGACCUUGGUUGUCCAUAGCUCACUGGGUGAACUGGCACUUCAAUCUGAAAAAGUUCAGACCGAGUGAAGUGAAUAGGGUGAAGAUAAGUCUAGCUUGUGUCUUCGCCUUCAUGGCCGUUGGGUGGCCACUGAUCAUAUACAAAGUUGGUAUAUUAGGAUGGGUAAAGUUCUGGCUGAUGCCAUGGUUGGGCUAUCACUUUUGGAUGAGCACGUUCACGAUGGUUCAUCAUACGGCUCCACAUAUUCCUUUCAAGCCUGCUGAUGAGUGGAAUGCUGCUCAGGCCCAGCUCAACGGAACUGUUCAUUGUGAUUACCCUAGUUGGAUUGAGAUUCUCUGACAUGAUAUCAACGUACACAUCCCGCAUCACAUUAGCCCAAGAAUACCGAGCUACAAUCUCCGUGCGGCUCAUCAGUCUAUACAAGAGAAGUGGGGAAAGUAUACAAACUUGGCUACAUGGAACUGGCGGUUGAUGAAGACGAUAAUGACCGUGUGUCAUGUCUAUGACAAAGAGGAGAACUACAUUCCUUUUGACCGGUUAGCCCCUGAAGAAUCGCAACCAAUAACAUUCCUCAAGAAAGCAAUGCCUGACUACGCAGCCUGAUUCAUGGCAGCCUUUAAAUUAGUCCUUUUUGAAAUCGCCAAUGAUAUUCACUAGCUUGUAAGCUUUUGGAGCGAUAAGCUUCUCCUAACGUUUUUAUACACUUUAUCAAAAAAAAAGAGAAAACUGGCUGUCUGUUUGCAAUUCUAUGAUCACUUUCUUUGCUUGAACAAGUCAGUCUAAAGAGAUACAUAUCCUUUUUAUUCUCUUUUGUUUAUAUUCUCUUUGAUAUGUCU